UGAUUGGAUGGAUCCAAGCACAAGAGGGAUUGACGAAAAAGGGGGAUUAAAGUAACAUGAAAAAAACAUCACAGGUGAGAACUUGGGAGUUCUGUACUGUUACAGGAUAGAUAUAAUACAAUCUUAUGAAGCUUAAUAUUUGCUUUUGUUACCUUAUCUAGCCACAUUAGUGGGGUAAAUAUUGUCUCAAUGCCGCAGUGCAGUUGUAAACCACUACAAACCGCAACCACAAUGCUAAAAACUAUCCAGACUUUUUGAUAUUUGUUUGUGGGGCCCAGCCGCUGUUGUUUUCAGCGAAACUCCACCAAGCCGCCGCGAUCUGACCCGCCUUUUUAACGGGGUCAAAUGUGCAUGGCUGAACAGACAAGAUAGUGAGUGUGCCUGUAAAGCCUCAAGUGUGAAUGCAUUAAUUGUAUUUAUGAUCUAAGAAAAGUGGGUUUAUUUAAGAUGGUUUUCAAACGCGGUCCAUCUUGAAUAUUUCAUUCACCCACAGUGGAAAAACAUGACAUUUAUUCAUUGUUUUUUUUGUUUUUGUAUGUUGUCAUCUAAAAACAACACCGAGCACUUGUCUGAUCUUAGUGAUGCAGCAGCAUUAUUUGUGUGAAAGCACCCAACUGUGUCGUGUGGAGGAAGAACUCCGCAGGUCAUUACUGUGGUGCAGCUGUUUCCCAGGGCCUCGCUGCGGUGCAAACGGACACGCAUCCGCAAUAGGAGGCGCGCCAACUGAGACGAGCACCUCUUGUGAAACAAAUGCGAGCUUGUCAAUCAAACGGCGUGACGCGCGCGCGCGCAUGUGUGCGUUACUACCGCGUGUUUGGUCAGCUUUGUUUGGGACGGUCUCCUUGUGCACCAUGUGUUGUGCCAUUGUGGUUAGUAAUGUGACUUGUGUCAUUUGAUGGAUGUAUUUCCCUUUACUGGCAGUCCCAAUUGUGUAUUUUGUUUUUGAGGGGUCAUGUCACAUGAAUGUUUUUGAGCAGCGUCAUCCUGUUAACAGCUGUAUGGAAAACUUCUGCUCUCGUUUGAGUGUCACUCUUAAGUUAAUGUUUAUUGUUGUACAGCACACUGACAUUCUCAUUUCCUUACUUCGCUACCGUAUAGGCCACAAGUGUCAAACUCGAGGCCCGGGUGCCAAAUCCGACCCACCACAUCAUUUUAUGUGGCCCGCGAAAGCGGAUCAUGUGCAUCGACUUCAUUUUUCUUGUAAAAAUACCAAAAUGUCAUUUUUUUUUUUGGUACAUUUUAGAAGGGUUGUGUGAGACUGAGUAAAGGAUGGUCUAUUUAUUUGUACUAAAUGAUUGUUGUGUUCACUUCAUGCCUGACUAGAGCCAUCUAAAACCAAGUAUGAAGAUGGAUUCUCCCCAAAAUGCAAGGUUGAUCCGUAAAAUCACAUCCGAUGACACAGAAAGUAGAAAGCGCAGGUGUAUGAGGUUUCUGUCACCGUUAUGUCAUCCAUCAUCCAGAUGACAGUCAAGGCCAAAGUGUCAAAUUACGCCUUGCGUGUCAUCAAAGACGCUUUCAACAGCUGUAAAGGAGUCCAUCUUCGAAUAUCGGCCGCCUCUGCUCUUUUAAUCACGCCUGAAAGUUUUGGGUUUCACGCAUCAGUCAUGAUGAGUGCGCCACCUGUGCGCACACAAAAGCUUCUUUUUCUAAUACGACCCGAAACUUGGAUCAUGUUCAAGCCACCCUUGAUGGGGUCCCGUGUUUGUGUGCGCGCGCGUGUCUGCUGUCGAUUGAGACAGAGGUGGAACGAUCAGCACGUGAUCUUGUGGCGGUAGAGAAGUCAUAAGAGACAGCAGGAGGAUGAGACGCACUCACACGACAGAAAGAGCCUGCGAUUGCACACUCCCCAAGCGGAUAACAUGGAUGACUUCUUACCUUCGCCAUAUAUGACAACAGCAACAGAUGACUUUGUCACUGAACCUUUUGAUUACUCGGGCGAUUAUGAUACCGGCCCCACCCAGAUGACCGGCAUGUGCGACAGGAGCUGGGUCAGGCAGUUCCGAGGGUGGUACGAGCCCCCCCUCUUCUGGACCAUAUUCACGCUGGGCGCGCUGGGCAACCUGAUGGUGAUCUGGAUCUACGGCACCGUGCGCAACCGGCUGAAAACCAUGACGGACGUCUACCUGCUCAACCUGGCCGUGGCCGACCUCCUCUUCCUGUGCACGCUGCCGUUCUGGGCGGCCGACGCCGUCAAAGGCUGGGACUUCGGCCGGGGUCUCUGCAAGACGGUGUCUGCCGUGUACAAGAUCAACUUCUUCAGCAGCACCUUCCUGCUGACGUGCAUCAGCGUGGACCGCUACAUCGCCAUCGUGCAGGUCACCAAGGCUCAGAACUGGAAGAAGAAGCGUCUGUUCUACAGUAAACUGGCCUGUCUGGCGGUGUGGUUCGUCUCCACUCUCUUCGCCUUGCCCGAGUUCCUGUUCGCCCACGUGAAGACCGACCUGAGCGGGUCGGCCUUCUGCGUGAUGGUCUACUGGAACAACGCAAACAACCGCACCAAGAUCCUGGUGCUGGCCCUGCAGAUCUGCGUGGGCUUCGUCCUUCCUCUCCUCGUCAUGAUCUUCUGCUACUCGGUCAUCAUCCGCACCCUUCUGCAGGCCAGGAGCUUCGAGAAGCACAAGGCCCUGCGUGUCAUCUUCAUCGUGGUCUUUGUGUUCUUGGCCUCCCAGCUGCCGUACAACGGCCUACUGAUGGUGGAGGCCUCGCAGGCCGCCAACGCCACCAUCACCGACUGCGGCGUGGUCAAGCGCUUCGACGUGGCCGGACAGGUGGCCAAGAGCCUGGCGUACACCCACGCCUGCCUCAACCCCUUCUUGUACGUCUUUGUGGGAGUGCGCUUCAGGCAGGACCUUCUGAAGUUGACGAGGUCGUGCACCCGUGGACCGGGCAGAGGCGGGAUCCCCAAAGUCCAGGCGGUUCCCAAACGUCCGUCGGUUGCGACGGACACCGAAACUACGCCAGCUCUUUCCUUAUGAGCACCAUCGCGUCCUAACGAGGGUCGCGGCUGAGCUGGAGCCUCUCCGGCCGACAAAAGGCGAGAGGCGCUUGUUCUGCGCGAGGAAGCCGGAAAACCCAGGCUUUACGCAAGCACGCCCGCAACAUGCAAACUCCAAAAAGGAAGCUGGGAAUCCAACCCGGAAAAUCCCAGCUGACUUCGGGCCAGGCGGGGAACACCCCCGGGCUGGUCAGAUGACAAGCGUUCCCGCCAAUGGACGAUGAAGUCUUCAACGAACCAAGCGUGCAUCCUGUUGGGAUCGGAUAGAGAGCAGGCAAAAGCCAAGCAAACAUGCCCACAACGAGCAAACUCCAGAGCCGAGUGACCCGACUUUCAAGAACGACUAACAUUACCGCUGAGGAGUUGUGACGGCUCCUCUGUCUCCAUCUAUAUCCAUGUCUGCGUUGUACUAGAGCGGCUCCAACUACCGGAGACAAAUUCCUUCUGUGUUUUGGACAUAUAAAUAAAGAUGAUUCUGAUUCUGAUUCUGAUUCUGAUACUGCCCCCAAGUGGCCAUGUUGCACACACCAGGAGCAGUGCAAUGUCCAUUGAAUUUGAUUCUUUACAGUCACUUGUAUUAUGUCAUUACUGUAUGUUUUUAUGAAGUAAAAUAAGAAAGGGUGAUAUUUCUCUGAUUAAAAAA